GUAGUGUCAAAGACCAAUAAGACGGGAAAAGAUGGCGAAGAGUCAUGUGACGGAAGAUCUUCCAGUAAUAGUACUUCAACCAGUCGAUCAGAAGAGGGUAUGGCCAUAGGAGCAAGAAGAUUGAUGGAUACAAGAAGAAGCAGACACCAUCGACCGCACAAGCGAAGCCACCAUAGACACAAGCACAGACACGGCAAGACACAACACAAACACGCAUCCCAAAACCACAGAAGGCGAAAGCACCCGAACUUACACAGAGAAAUUAGGAACAAUUUACACAAAUAUGAACAGUAUAUGGGGAGUUUAGACAGAGUAUCAAAAGAACAUGACGAAGACGACACAGAAUUGACUAGGGAAAACAUGAAGCACCACCACAGGAAACAUCACGGAAGACGCAGACAUAAACACAAGAGGCAUCAUGGAAGGAAACAUAAGAAUUUAAGAAGAGAAGUGGAUGAAGCGAAGAUGUCUAAAGCUGAUAGCGAAUAUGAAGAGGAGGCAGCAGCUGAACUGGCCCUGGAUCAGACUAAAGGUCACUCCAUCGUGGCGCCUGAAGAUGAAUCUGAAGAAACGCCUCCACCGAAACCUAUGCGAAAUAAAUUCAUACACCCGCCGUUUACACCUCCACUGCAAAAGGAUUUUGAUGGUUACAACGAAGCGCUCCCAGGACAAAGAAAACCAGACAUGCAAAGAACACCUAAACGUAAUAACUUCAUGCAUCAACCCCUGGAUAGACCCGCUGAUCAUCCGAAGGACUCGGAUGAUGAUAACGAUAAGGCCGUGGAGCAACGAAAGCCACCUAAUCGUUACAAUUUCAUGAACCAACCCCUUGGGAGACAACCUGGAAAUGACGGUGACCAUGAAAAGGACUCCGAUGGCGAUAACGAAAAGCCCCCAGGUCACCGAAAGCCACCUAAUCGUUACAAUUUCAUGAACCAACCCCUGGGGAGACAACCUGGAAACGACCGUGAUCGUGAAAAGGCAUCCGAUGGAGAUAACGAAAAUUCUCCAAAAGAAAGGAAACCUAAUCGUUAUUUCACAAAUCAACCAAAAAGACCACGAGAUGGAAAGUCUGAUGUUGACAACGAAAAGCCACCCAAUCGUUAUAAAUUCAAUAACAAACCCAAGAGAAGGCCGCCUGGUGGAAAGGACUCGGAUAAAGAAGACCUAAGACCAAACAGUUUCAGAAAUCCACCAAUGGGGAGACCACCAAUGAGAAGACCGCCCAAUUUAGAAAAAGACAACAGUGCUAUAGAAAAAUUUGGGAAUCCCGGACCAAGAAUGGAUUACCCAGAGUUUGCAAGUAAGGGUGGACCUAAACAAGAUAUUAAUGUACCUCUAGAAGAAGAAGAUUCUAGCGAAGAUGAUGGUAUUGACUCCUCAGCAAGCACGUUCACCGUAAACUCCAAUGAUGCCAGGAAAAUGGGACCUCAACCUACUCGCAAAAAACCAUGCAAAUACGGGGUUACUACAUCAAAUAAGUCUGGAAAAGAUUCCACGCAGAAAAAGUCUUCGUUCAGUUUGAAACACAUCAAAAAAGGUCUACUGAGGAAAAUUUACGAAAUGUCCAAACAAGGGAAGCAAGGAUUAAAAAAAUUAAGGAAAAAUCUGACAGCGCCAUCUAGUAGAAGUGACGAGGAACACGUUAUAAAGUCCAAUAUCUACAAAGCGCUUGGCUACAUGAAGGGCUUGACUAUUUUGCCGACAUCCGAGAAGUACACACUUACUAUGGACCCGAGGAAGUACUUCAAAUGA